AACCAAAGCGGUGAAACGAACGAUACAAAUUAUUCUCGUGAUUAUUGACGCGGAUAUCGUAUGCCACGAAGCACCGCAGGUUACACAUAAAAGCGUUUAUAUAAUUGAAUGUAUUAUAGGCCUAUGCCCUACUAGAGAUCAUAAAUAUUUAAGAUACGCAACUUUCAACACUAUCCAGAAUGGAAAUAUCGUAUUCUUCAAGCCUUAUUAUUCUGGUGAAUCUAUUGAUUACUGUUUUAGUUCUGACGACGGCGGUAGAAGCUGCUCCUGCCAAUGCAACACCAACGAUCAACCCGAUUGAAGUAACAGACGCUCCAGUUGUCACAGCAGAUGUAACAACAGAUGCAACAACAGAUGCUGUCACAACAGCACAAGUCCCUACUAUUAAUGGAACAAAUGCUACUAGUACUACAGUUGAGCCAACAAAUUUCACCAUCAUAAUCACUACAGACGUUGUGACAACUAAUGUUACAACUUUCAAUUUUACCACUGAUGAACCAACCAAUA